ACAACAUUUGGUAGCGAUGUAGUGAAACUUUACUCCUCGAAAUCGGUAUGCGAAAGGGAUCAGAGAGACCAGUCAAUCAACUGCGUGCUUGAAAUCCCUAAUAUCGUGCCGGCGCACCAGGCUGUUAGUAAACCUGGGGCAGAAACUAUCGUCUGA